AAGAAACUUAGAGGGGAGGGGUGGAGCUGAUGUUUACGCAUUGCCACCAGCCAGCAAAGUGUUUGUACUAACCAUGGUUUUGUGGGAUAUUAUCCGGUUCGUUUCAACAUGACAGCGGAGCAGUCGUUCCAUGGAGAAGUUGUGUCCGACUUUAACAAACUGAGAUCCAAUCGAAUCUACCUGUUCGACGACCCGCGACAUCGACAAGAACUUGUAAGCUUCUUGAAUUCGUUGCGGCGUAAAAACUURCUUUGUGAUGUCACCCUUCGACAUGGAAAACGAAAACUCGCGUGUCAUCGCACCGUUCUCAGUGCGGCAAGUCCGUAUUUUCGCGCCCUUUUCAUUGAAGCUGAGUCUGGGAAAUUUGUAAAAAAUGUUGAUGUUCCUAUGGAAGUCGAACCGUCAGCUCUGGAUGCUACACUGGACUAUAUAUAUUCAGGAUGUGUUUACCUUAAUCCUCUCAACGCUCUUGGUGUGCUUAAGGCGUCUUGCUUGUUUAAACUUCAGACUCUAACGGAUGAAUGCACAUUUGCGCUUUCGAAAUAUAUCUCAUUUGAGAAUGCCUUGGAAAUAAAAGAAAUAGCUUUACUAUAUGGACAGAAGAGAUUGCACGAGAGAACUUGGAGGUUUAUUUGUAAGCACUUUGUAGAGAUAUCUACGAGAAGAGAKUUUCUGGAGCUGACUGACCAGAAACUGGAGAAGAUUCUUGGUAGUGACGAAGUUCACGCUACGGAGGAACAGCUCUUCGACAGUCUUGUUCGCUGGACGAACAUUAACCGAAAGGAAAGAGGUGUUCAUUUUGCCAAACUGCUUCGUUUAGUUCGCCUUCCUCUUAUGAACGACUCGUUYAUCGUCAAAACCGUCGAAAACGAAGAACUCGUUCAGMGGUCUCCUUCUGCYAAAGAAAUGGUAAUGGAGGCCAUGAAAUAUCAGAUCGCYGAUGAGGACUUGCGACAGUCGCUCCAGGGACCACGGACAGUUGCUCGUAGUUGGUCUAAGCUUGUMGAGGUCAUAAUGUUUGUUGGUGGAAAGGGUUCGAGUCCGCGCGAKAGUUGCUCAACUCUUUGCUACGAUCCUAGGACUGAUGCUUGGUUUAGUGUUGCUCCAKCUCCUGUCACAUUAUCAGAUCACUGUGUCACGUGUCUUGAUGACGUAGUCUUAUGCUGUGGUGGAUCAGAGGAGGGCAAAUCAUCGUUGCUGCUUAAAAAAGAUGUCUUCAYGUUUGAUACACAAUUYAAUCAAUGGACGACUGCUUCUGCAAUGAAYGAAGAAAGGGCCAUGUCAGCUUGCUGUGGCCAUGACGGUCUAUAUUACGUUGUUGGCGGUAUGAUUGAAGGGUCAGAGUGGAACGYUGUUGAGGUAUACAACCCAAUAAACGACAAAUGGACAAUUCUUCCCAAACCAAACAUACCAAGGAGUAAUCACGCCUUGGUGUCCACAGAAACACAUUUAUAUGCAGUUGGUGGCGAGGGUUAUGAGAUUGAGCCCGCCAUAAGUGUCGAGCGUUUUGAUCCAAUUUCUGAUACAUGGAGCUUCGUGUUGCCMAUGAGCUGCGGUAAGGUUGGAGCAUGCGCAGUAGUUUUAGAAAGACGCCUUAUUGUUAUUGGUGGAUCAAAUGGAUACCACACGUUAAAGCAGUGUGAGGCAUAUGACAUGGACCAUCAUCGCUGGAAAGAUAUUGCAGAAAUGAACGUUUUUCGUCAAAAAGCCGAAGCUGUGGUGGUCGGUGGUCACGUGUACGUUGCUGGAGGGCAAGAUUUCUACGGCAAACGAUAUUUAGAUAGCAUAGAACGAUAUGAUCCGUCAAAAGACGAAUGGACUAUUGUUGCUGAGCUACCCAUUCAUAAGAAAGGGUUUAAAUGCGUCGUUAUACAKAUUUCUAAAGACUUUCUUGAACCUUUUCCAUCAAAAGAGACGUCUUCUUCUUGACGUAUAGUUUUAGGCUCCGUGGCCAAAGUUCUAAAAGGAUAGUGGGUUGGACUAGAUGAGGAGAAAAUUUUAGUACAGUUACUUUAUCGUCUCUCUUACUUUCCCAUUCAGUUUGUCACARUCUUAGCAAGAGGGGAGGGGAGGGGGAAUAGCCAGUCUUUUCUCUCCUUUUYAAUAUUUCUAAUAGAGGGUUCGAUUAUUUUGCACCUCGUUUUCUACUGUCAUUUUUAACUCCGCAAAGAAUUGCGAGAGAUAUUGUUUAAAAGCAUGCGCUCUAAACGCGAUCAUGCGCCGUCAUUUUUAGAGUGACAUUUUAUUUACCAAAUUCUUUUUCCGUUUCGAGUCAAAUUGUUUAUAUGGAAAAGAGAGAUAAAAAAUGACAAAUGAAUAAAAAAUG